AUGGCUGGACGUUAUGAGCGGGUAAACGCCCAGGACGAGGACGACUUCAAUAGCCCCAACUCCGCACCGCCAAGUCACGCGCAAACAGUGCCAAACUCUCCGCCCCCGUCCUUUCACUCGAGAGCAUCAUCGCGCGAUCGUGCCGCCCACGGAGUCGACUCUACCCUUGCCGACGCAUUCGAUACCGAUGGCGACGAAAGCGAUGACGACGCCGACGACAGGCAAAGAUUAGUCCGCGCCGACUCCACCCUGACCUCCCGCGACACGUCCCGCACCGUUUCCUCCGAGUCAAGACCCCAGCCCGAUAGGCAGGUCACCCAGCUUCCUCCCACCACUGCAUCGGCAGCAGGCGGACCUACGACGCCCUUCCGCAUCUACGGCAGCGGUAUCCAGAAUGAGGGCGUCUUUUCCAACCUGACGGCGAAGCCUGAGCGGGGAGGCGAGACGAAGGAGGAGCAACCACCCACAUAUGAGCAAGCCGCUGCGGAUGCGGCACCCCCCUACUGGGAGACGACUAUCCUGGCUCCAGGCCUCGGCGGACCCGACGAGGUCUACAUUGAUGGGAUGCCGGUCGGAUCUCUCUUCAGUUUUGUCUGGAACGGCAUGAUUUCCAUGUCCUUCCAGGUUGUCGGCUUCAUCCUCACAUACCUCCUCCACUCGACUCACGCGGCCAAGAACGGGUCCCGCGCCGGCCUGGGCAUCACGUUAAUUCAGUACGGUUUCUACAUGAAGGGCACAACAGAGGGCGACCACCCGCCCAAGAUGAACGGCCAAGACGGAUACGCGGCACCACCGGACCCCAACUCGCACAGCUUCGACCCCAACGCGGUAACGGGAGAGGGCGGCGGCGGUGUUUCGGACAUAACCGGACAAGAGUGGAUUGCGUACAUUUUGAUGGUUGUUGGAUGGUUCGUCCUCAUCAGGUCUGUUAGCGACUACCUCAAGGCACGGCGCCACGAGCAGCUCGUCUUGCAGAGCCCCGACCGUGGACUGCCUGUGCCCAUUAUCGCAGAUGGCGAGUCCGCGCAGUGGGUUAUUUUUUCGUGUCACAAAGUGGUUAUUGGUCUGGGCCACGAGUCUACGACAUUUGGCAUCCCGCGCCUUUUCUUUGCGUCGUCCAGUGGGUCUUGGGUGUUUUACGGGAACGGAAAUGGGAGCAGGGUAAUCUACAUAGGAAGCACAGCAGCAGCUUUCAUUCUCGGCAUCAAUACUGAGGUUUUUCUUGGGUACAUUCUAUCCGUUCGUGUCUAUUCCUCACUCACACAACCUGCUUGCAGCGGGAUGAUCCGCUUAGUAGGCGGGUCUGAACUCCCUGGGUCGCUUAUCGACAAGGCGCUGCACAUAGCUCAAGUUGUAGCGGUUCAAGACAUGCUGAGCAGAGCACCCGCCACAACGAAUACCAGACGCCCUUCAGUCCGGAGAGCUCUCAAGCUCCUCCCGAGCUCAACACGACGACAGACCCCUCGCUUUCUACACCAAACCCCCGCCCCCAACUUCAAGAUGGCCUGGCGAAGCUCCGGCGCGACAAAUAAAGACCUGGUCGAGAACAUGUGGCGGCAUGGCCUCAUCAAAGACCAACGAGUCAAAGACGCCUUUCUCAGGGUUGACCGGGCACACUACGCUCCCGCUGCGCCGUACGAAGACUCGCCCCAGUCCAUAGGCCAUAAGGCCACCAUCUCGGCACCUCACAUGCACGCCAGUGCCACCGAGUCUCUCCUCCCGCACAUCCUGCCCUCCGAAACGAGGCCCGCGCCGCGCGUGCUGGAUGUCGGUUCGGGAUCGGGAUACUUGACGCACCUGCUUGCCGAGCUCGUGGGUGAUAAAGGGCUCGUUGUCGGGCUGGAGCAUAUCCAGGCGCUCAAAGACAUGGGCGAGACCAAUAUGGCCAAAAGUGCCGAGGGGAGGGCACUCUUGGAUAGCGGCAAGGUCAAGUUCCGGGUCGGUGAUGGACGGAAGGGCUGGGUGGAGGCGCCGCGAGGCGGGGAGACGGGUGAUUCUACGGGGUGGGAUGCCAUCCAUGUUGGUGCCGCCGCGGUGGAGCUUCACCAGGAGUUGGUGGACCAGCUACGGGCGCCUGGCAGGAUGUUUAUUCCUGUCGAGGAUGACAAUGGCUACGAUCAAUACGUUUGGGCCAUUGACAAGAAGGAGGACGGGCGUGAUUGUACGAUACCGAAUCAAGUUGCAAGAUUUAUAUUCGAGAUACCUCAUGAACAAUACUACUGGGAUUUUCUCUUCACCUUGCGUACCAGGAACAACGGCUCUCAAGUAAGACAUAGACUUACACCGCAUACCAUACUUUGCCCGACACACGACUCAAUCGGCCUACAGAGCAUCCACAUCCAGACAGUUAAUCUAUCUAGGGCCUGCGGGGACCCGAGCUGCAUUAGUGGCCACCAGGAACACCGCCAGCAACAUGCCUUCACCUCCGCAUCGGCCCAGUCAUGUCCUCCACUUGGGAACUUCGCCAUCUACGAAGGAGACAAUACGCCAGACUUUGCUAUUCUCUCCCAUACGUGGGGAGCAGAGGAGGUUACAUUGCAAGAUGUGCGCGAUGCCCAGAAGGACAUCACACUGAUGGCCGGAUACCCCAAGAUCACGGGAGCCUGCCGACUUGCUCAAAGUCAGGGGUACGACUACAUCUGGAUCGAUACGUGCUGCAUCGACAAGACGAGCAGCGCCGAGUUGUCCGAGGCCAUCAACUCCAUGUUCAACUGGUACGAGCAGGCUAGUAUUUGCUACGUCUACCUCUCCGACUUGGACUACUCGAUAUACCAGCACCCAGGUAUGACUGCUCCGUUGGAACUGGCGCUGCGCGAAUGCCGAUGGUUUACUCGCGGCUGGACGCUCCAGGAGCUCAUUGCGCCCGACAACGUCGACUUUUACGACAAGGACUGGCUUCUCAUCGGCUCCAAGCUCGACGAGUCACUCGGUCCCGCGCUGGCAACCGUCACGGGAAUCAGUCUCGACAUCCUGAACAAGACUGUUCCCCUGGAGUCGUCGAGCGUCGCCGAGCGCAUGCACUGGGCCUCGUCGAGAGUCACGACCCGCAAGGAGGACCUGGCCUACAGCCUUAUGGGCAUCUUUGGCGUCAACAUGCCGCUGCUGUACGGCGAGGGGAUGAAGGAUUUUGCGCGGCUGCAGGAGGCCAUACUCCAGGAUACGGGAGACCAUUCCAUUUUCGCGUGGCACAGCAACUACGAGACGUCCACGGAGGAGGCGGCGUUUGACCAGCAUAUCCUCAGCGGCCUGCUUGCUCCGUCGCCGGUUGAGUUUUCCCAGUUUCAGUACCUUCGCCCGUUGCCGGCGUUCGGGACGACGGGGCAGCAGCCGAUCCAGCUUACGAACCAGGGGAUUAGGAUUUCCAUGUACCUUGAGCCCGUGGACGACGACCAAGGCGGUGAUGACGGCAGCGCGGCGGACGACUUUUACGCUGUUUUGGACUGCGCUAUCCAGGGCGAGAACGGGGAUCAGUGCCCGCGCAUCAUGCUGAGGAAGUUGUCGGGGAACCAGUACGCCCGGGUCCGGACGGGGAGUGUCUGCACGGUGAUCCCGGCGCCGGAUUCGACGAGGCCGGGGCGGGGCAGCUACAAGACUGUUUUCGUCAAGCGGAGCCCGACGUAUGUUUUACCGGAUAUCUCUGUCCUCAAGGCGGGUUGGAAGGCGGGCGGCGCCCGGGAGGCGUAUCGGGUUGUCGAUUCAUAUCCCACGGGGCCGUGGGUGCCGAGUUUGGGGAUUCUGAGGACGGGGAACCCGUAUUUUGAGCCGGUGCUUGCCGGGUUGCGGUUUGAGUCGCCGACGAACGCGCGGAUUCAAGUGGAUGUUGUUGUCGGGUGGAGGAGGGUGGAUGGGGAGUGGAAGGUGUGGUGUCAUGCUUGUGAGGCGCAGGCUGAUUUGGAGGUUGAUGUGCUGUGGGGGGAUACGCAGUUUGCCGUGUCUGGUGGGCUGGAUCGGUUUGUUGAGACGGAUGUGGAGGUCAAGGUCCAAGUCGAGGGAGAUGUUGCACGGAAUUGGAGGAGUAGAGGGUUCGCUCUGGUCAAGAGGCAUGAGGUUCCUGUGCGCGUGAGGUUGGUGGAGGUUGAUAGGCUUGGGAGGAAGGGGGUUAGGAUCGAGUGUUGUGCGCCGUUGCAGCCGCAUAUUCCUGGCUAUCAGAAGACGGGGCUCUUGCCGUGGGACGAAUAUGAUUGA